CUAGUCUUGCGCUCAACCGAUCGACCUAAAGAGAAGAUAACUCUAGAUCUACCCGAGUGGUAUAUUUACCAGUGUAACUAGCUGCGAUAACGUAGCUCUGGACGACGGACGGAGAGCAGUGUAGGCAGGAGUUGAGGGACCUGUUCUAAAAUAUUACAAGGCAUUGAUCAGAGAAUUUUAGCUGGUUGUCAUCUCAUCAUACAAUGGCAGCAACAGUGAAUGGAAAUGUGAUAAAUUCUGAUGGCAAAGCUAACGGAGAUCAUGUUAACGGAUCUAAUGGUGUCUCACGAAAGAAAAGACAUGACGAGGAACACUACCUUGAUGCUAUACAACAAAUUUUGGACAAUGGGACCCGUAAAUCCAACAGAACAGGCAUCGACACACUUUCAAUCUUUGGCAUGCAGAUGAGAUACAAUCUCAGAGAAGAUUUCCCCCUACUGACCACCAAACGUGUAUUCUGGCGUGGAGUUGCAGAGGAGCUGAUCUGGUUUAUUCAGGGUUGUACCAAUGGAAACAAACUGAAGGAGAAAAACAUUCACAUCUGGGAUGCUAAUGGUUCCAAGGAGUUUCUAAGUGAACUUGGCCUGGGUCACCGCGAGGAAGGUGAUCUAGGCCCUGUGUAUGGUUUCCAAUGGCGACACUUUGGAGCAGAGUAUAAGGACAUGCAUGCGGACUACACUGGUCAAGGCGUGGACCAACUGAAGGAUGUGAUACAUAAAAUAAAGACCAAUCCUGAUGACCGACGUAUCAUCAUGUCUGCCUGGAACCCUCCAGAUUUACCCAAAAUGGCUCUUCCCCCAUGUCAUGCCUUUGUGCAGUUCUAUGUUGCAAAUGGAGAGCUGUCUUGUCAGUUGUAUCAGCGGUCAGCAGAUAUGGGUCUGGGAGUACCAUUCAACAUUGCUAGUUACGCUUUGUUGACCUACAUGAUUGCUCAUGUGACUGACCUAAAGCCUGGUGAUUUUGUACAUACAUUGGGAGAUGCUCAUGUAUAUGUGAACCAUAUUAAACCAUUGAAAGAACAGCUGGCAAGGGAGCCCAAACCAUUCCCAAAACUUGUGAUUAAAAGGAAAGUUGAAGACAUUGAUGAUUUCAAAUUCGAAGACUUUGAGAUUGUGGACUAUAAACCUCACCCAAAAAUUACUAUGGAGAUGGCCGUGUAAUUGGGACCGACUCUUUUAUACAGAAAAGUGCAAUUUAGUAUGCUGUUUCAAAAGGUCUUCAUUUGAAAAUACCUGGAUCAAGUGAAAUUCAAAUUCUUGUUGGUGCUGUUGUAAAACAACAUUCCCAACCUACCAACCCAAACACAAAAUAGGUUCCGACAAGCACAAGUGCAGCUAUCCUUUGUGCUCAGCAAAUACAAUAUCUUUAUGAUCUAAAACUGUACACUUACAUAUUUAAAUAUAUAUAUAACUUGUGUGUUUUAUAUUAAUAGCCCAUUUUGUACUGUCAUCAGAUGUUGGGCUCUACAAAUCGCCCUUUGACUGGUUUGUCAUCUAUCCACCCGUAAACAAUCUGUGUUAUCGCUAUUUCUAAGAAAGUACCUGAAGGACCUUUCUCAAAUUUCAUAUGUAGGUUCCCUUUGAACCCUUGUUGUGCAUGUUCAUUUAAACUGGGCGAGCGGAGAACAUGUUGAAUUUUGGCAGUUGAAUUUCUUUUUACUGCUAUUUCUCAAAACACUGGCAUAAUCCUUAAAUUUUGUAUGUAAAGGUUCCCCCAACUCCCUAGUUGUGCAUUAUCAAAUAUUAGAUUGAUCAAAUAAGGUCGGUAGCUGACGGGCUACUAUCUUGGAUUUUGAUAAUUAAAAUUUGAAGCAUUAUUCCUCCAAAUGUUCGGAAUAGAAAUUUCUCAAAUUACAUUUAGGAUUCCGGUAGUCCCUGGUUGUAAAUUGAUCAAAUAAACAAAUUGACCAACAUGUGACCACCUUGGAUUUUAACAGUUGAAGAUUGUUAUUUCCAUUUCUUUGUUUCAAGUACUGAUUACAGCUUGUUACCACUAUUUCUGUUAAAAUUCUUGAUGGACCUUCCUCAGAUUUAAUAUUCAGAUUCUGCUUGUUUUCAAAUCAUUGAGAGAAAAGGGGUAAAAAUGAGGAAAUAUCCUAGAUCUUAUAAAGGUCAUUUAUGUUUCCCAAUAAAAAUUUAAAACACAUUUACA